UAAUCAAUUUAGUUAUUGUGAAGUCAAUGGGCGAUAGCAUUUCUAGCAUUUGAAAUUUAAAACAUUAAACUUUAGAAAAUAUAACUGUUAUCAAAGUGCUCGGUUGAGUUGUCGUCUUUACAAAUCCUCUCAUCAAGAAUUAAGAAGAUCUAGGCUGUACGUGCAAUUAAAAUUUAACAGAAGAAUGUCCACUCAAGAUGCGCGUGGAUGGCCCAGUUCAGGCUCAGUAAGGAGGGUCGGGAGCGGGUGGCUGCUGUUCUUCGCGCUUUGCUGAUCGCGCAGUUGGUUGUCUCGCUCUGUAUGGUGAUCUUUUGCUACAACACCACACAGAAAGUCAUGAUGCUGCUCAAAAAUGUUCACAAGCUGACUGUCUACCUCCUAUGCGGGCUGGUUCUCCUGCAAACGUACUGCAUGAAACUACACUACACAGCCGGUCUGCGUCUCGUAACCUUACUGCUGAGGUGUCCCUUCUGGUCUCGCGGGUCAAGAGUGGGCAAAAUUUGGCUUAUCAAUGGGCUGAUGCUCGUUGCGAAUGGGGGGCUGGUGUAUGCCGCUUGCAGGGCCACUCUGAAGGCUCUGGUGAAGGAGCUCAGCUCCUCGUUGCGAGUCGGCAUGUCUCAGUAUUUAAUUGAACCAUCCUGGAAGAAGCUCCUGGACACGAUGCAAGUAGAUUUGUGUUGUUGUGGUGCCGAUAGACCUGGGGACUGGCACGAGAUACCGUGGCUCAGCGUGGACUUCCUCAACGAGAACUCAAGUGUCGUCAUGAAAUUAGCAGGAACGGAUGGUAAAAUAUUACCGCCUGUAUCUCCGUACUCAUGCUGCACACCGCGGGUCCUAGCGCCGUGCUACCACGAUCCUUUGCAGCAGUGGUCCGACACUACAGCAUGGAGAGCAUCUCCGCUAGUGGCAGCGUCGCUGCACACGAGGGGCUGCGUGGAGGCGGUGCGUGCUCCACUCGUCAGAGCGCUGUUGGCGUUGCAGUUUUUCAACAUCCUCAUCCUUAUAUUUCAAGUCUUAAUAAUAUUACUGAUACAAUUGUUGAGUACGAGCGCGCGAGCGGCGGCUUUGCGGGGGGAGUGCGGGGGCGCGGGGCGGGGCUCGCUGUUCGGUACGCCUGCACCCGCGCCGAGCGUUGACCCUGAACGCCGCGUGGUGGCGGGCUGCACGUGGAAUGUGGGGGGCGGGCGCCGAGCCGCCGUCCGAGCGAGGAGCAGCUAUCCAUAUUUAUCAUGACCACAAGAUGCAAACAGCGAAUUUAAUUAUCCCGGAAAUUUUUCGGUAUGACGUCAAGAUCUAGAAAUUUUUUAUAACAACCUCAAUGUAUAAUGAACUAAUGUAAGUGUUUCUAGAGCUGUAUGAUAAUUAUCCCAAGCCCUAGUAAAUUUUGACAUUAAUCUAAAAAGUAAUUGAACGAUCAAUGUGUUUUUAUUAUUGUUUCAUAUGUAGCUAAACAUCUAUCAUAAGACUAUGUAGCAUAGUCUAUGCUCAGCUUGUGGUCUGUGCUCUAAUUUUGACCUCAAGUGACGUCAUAAAAGUGAGGAAUCCAUUCCGCGGAAUUUUGUUGAGCUUGUGAACCAAUUUAGAAAUUUAAGACCCCUGUUACCUUAAUUCCUGUAACCUUUAUGGUGUGGCGAAACAUCUGGUUCCGUCACGCGCAAAAAAUCGAGGAGGCCAUGAUCCCCGCCAUCACAAGAAAAAACAUUGUACAUUUUUACAUAAAAUAAACAUUUCAUUAUUUAGAGCUGCUUUUAUUUAAGCGUUCUAAAAUAGUAACCCCGACGUGGGCAUCUUCACUGCACAUGACUCCUAAAAAGAAUAAUACUUGGCGACCAUGUGGUGACUAUCGUGCUUUAAACGCCAGGAUUGUUCCCGAUCCAUAUCCAGUUAGGAAUAUCAACGAUUUUGCCAAUGAUCCUGCCGGAGCCACUAUAUAAUUUAGUACACUUGAUCUGGUAAAAGCUUAUCAUCAAAUCCCUGUUUUUAAGGAAGAUAUACCAAAGACGGCCAUUGUUACUCCCUUUGACCUCUUUGAAUUUCCUUUUAUGCCUUUCGGAUUACGCAAUGCAGGACAAACGUCCCAGCGUUUUAUUGACGAAGUUACACGAGGUCUCGAAUUUUGUUUUCCUUACGUCGAUGAUAUAUUAGUUUUUUUAUCAGAUUAAGCUCGUCAUGAAGAACACCUUCGGAUUCUGUUUAGGCGUCUUCAAGACUAUGGAGUUGUAAUUAAUCUAUUAAUUUUUUUUCUUGGUGUAAGUGAGGUUACUUUUUUAGGAUAUCUUAUCACUGGUGAGGAUCGAGUUCAAAGCUUACUAGGUUAUUCACCUCCUGAGACAGCUCAACGCAUGAGACUUUUUCUUGGCGUGUUUAAUUAUUAUCAUCGAUUUGUGCCACAUGCCGCAAAAUUUAGCGACCUAAGAGGGUUGAGUCUGUGCCGCAUGCUACCGUCACUCUAGCGCGCUGGCACCAGGAGGACGGGUCGACGCGUCGGCAGCUGCGGCCUGCGAUGCGGUCCGCAUUGUCGUCGUCGCUGUCGUCGCACAAUAUACUGUGGAAGAGCAACCCGGUCAGCGGUGUAUCGCGUUCCGACCCGGCAGGCUGGUUCUGGCCCAGCGAGGUAUCCCGGAACACCAGCGGCAUCGCCCGGGCGGCCUUUUUUACUUAAAUUUGACGACAUUUUUACAUAAAUAAACAUUUCAUUAUUUUAUUUAGAACCCCUUUUAUUUAUGCGUCCUAAAAUACUAUAUUAUGAUAAAAUAAGUUGGAGCUAUGUGAAAUGUUAAUAUAAUAUAAUGUGUCUAUAAUAUGUACAUUAGGAAUGUAAAUAAAACAAAAAUGAAUAUAUAAUCAAUGCGUAGGCUUUAUUAUUGACUUUUACAAACAGUCCUUAGAAUCUAUUAAGUAACAAUGCGUGUUUACCUAAAGCCGUUUCAUUUUAUAUUUUGUGCUUCGCUUACACACGGGCUCGUUACAUAAAUAUAAAUAAAUAUUUAAUAUAAUAAUAAUAAUAAUAAUGUUAUAUAUCUCGUUAACUCAUGUCGGUUCGGUUGGCGCGGCUCGUCGGCGCCCGUCGUCGCCAAAACUCCCAUCAAUAUAUUCCGUGUCAAAUAUUCAAUCGUAACAAAUAUACAAAAUCGUUAUGUACAAGGCGACACGGGCGCUCAGCUCGGGCUCGCGCCGUCGACUAAUGGAAUGUCACAGAGCGGCGACCGCCGGCGUGCGGGCCGGUCGCCUGCAUGGCGGCUUCGUGACGUCACCCUAGAGGGAAGGUGACGUCAUUACGACGUUCAAAAACAACACGACCUCGAUCCAGUGGGAAAUGAGAGGGCGGAUCGUGGUUGGGUCGUUCUGAAUAAAAUUUUCAU